AUGCAGAUGACGCUUCCCACCAUGCCCAUUCAGGGCAAAUAUCACUUACUCUUCAUGUUAGUAGCCGCAGUCCUGCUUUGCUACGCAAUAACGCGAACGAGACGAGUGCCCGAGCUGAAGAUAUUUGCAUCCUCUUUUUUCAAGCCAAGAAAACACAGUGCUUUGAGGACGGCACUGCGAAGGAUUAUGAUAUGGACCCCGUACUUUGGUAAAUGGGACGGCGCGCUGAAGGGCAAGAUGAUCGGCGAAGUGUUGCUGAGGAACUGCCCAGCUAAGUGCGUCGUCACCAGAGACCGACGUCUCAUAGAAUAUAGCGACGCCGUCGUUUUCCACGUGCGCGAUCUGGACCUCGCGAACCUUCCGCCGAAUCGCACAAGUUCGCAGAAAUGGGUGUUCUUCUUCAUGGAAUCGCCGCCACACACCUACUUUAACCUUAAGGUCCUCCCGCCCGGCAUGUUCAACUGGACCAUGACGUACAGGAGCGACUCCGACGUUUACGUGCCGUCCGGUAGUGUUGUACCACGUGACGCCAACGCUACUCGCCCCAAGAGAGACUUGAGAGCCCUAUGGAAGUCCAAGAACAAAACUGCGGUGUGGGCCGUCAGCAAUUGCGUCACCAGCGGUGGACGAGAACGCUACGUCGCUGAACUGAGGAAACACAUGGACGUCGAUGUGUACGGACACUGUGGCCGAUACAAGUGCCCUAAAUCGGUUGAGAAUGAGUGUUUAGCUAAGUUCGAACAAACCUAUUUCUUCAUGCUCGCUUUCGAAAACUCGAUAUGUCCAGAUUACGUAACCGAAAAGCUUUUCAACGCACUUCUACACGACAUCGUGCCAGUUGUAUUCGGAGGAGCAAAUUACAGCCAAAUGGCGCCCAAUCGUUCCUAUAUUGACGCGCUUUCGUUCGAAUCUCCGAAACACCUGGCGGAGCAUCUGUUAAAGCUGUCGCAGAAUUACACGGAGUACGCCUCUUACUUCGCUUGGAAAGAACGUCACAAUGCGGUCGGGUGGGAGGGCGCCUGCUGCGACCUUUGUAAAAAGUUGCACAACAGUGUGGAAGUCGAACGUUCUUCGUCGUACGCCGACAUAAGAUCGUGGUGGUACGAAAAAAGAGGUCCCUGCCGGAAGUGGGACGAGAGAAUUGUGACGACAGUACCCAUCAAAACAACCGGUUAA